ACAUCCGGGUCGCAUGUUAAGCAGCAGCAGUCACUGCCAUUACCUGUCUGCCAGCCGCCGCAUCUGUGAGGGAAAGGCCAGCUGAAAUGCAAACAUCCGUGCUGAAAAUGGUAUUAUUCUCGUUUUUGCAGGUGUUUUUGUCUCUGUCGUGUUUUCAGGAUGUGAUCUCAGCGGCGGCAGCGAGCAGCCGAGGGUUUGGAAACAACAUCCACUGGAGGACGCUGGAUGAUGGCAAAAAAGAAGCAGAAGCUAGUGGGUUGCCACUCAUGGUCAUCAUCCACAAGAGCUGGUGUGGGGCAUGCAAAGCACUGAAGCCCAAAUUUGCUGAGUCUGAGCAAAUCUCUGAACUUGCACACAACUUUGUAAUGGUCAACCUGGAGGAUGAGGAGGAGCCAAGUGAUACAGCUUUCAGCCCCGAUGGUGGAUACAUUCCUCGGAUUCUUUUCCUUGAUCCCAGUGGCCAAGUCCACCCUGAAAUCACAAACAAAAACGGAAACCCCAACUACAAGUACUUUUACAGCAAUGCAGACCAAGUUGUGUCCAGUAUGAAGGAGGCACAGGAGAGGCUGACAGGUGAUGCCUUUAAACGAAGUCACCCCAGCGAUGAGCUGUGAGCAGGCAGAGACGUGGGCAUCAGGCUGUAAGGGCUACACUUCCUCUACCUGUAGAGUACUCCAUUACAACCCCUUUCACUAUUUAAAGUUGGAAAAACGGAGGGGGUUCGUUUUCCAGCAACCAAACAAGCCAACCAGAAAAGACAUCGGUGCUUGAGUAUUUGUCUGUCCCAUACAGUUUUACCAACACGACCCAUGACUUCCUCCUGUUGUCUCUUUAUUUCACUGCAUUUAAAACCUACUGUUAAUAAUUAAAUGCCAUAUACUGUAUCUACUGUCUGUAGAGGAUGUACAUUAACUCAAUCUAGCCAAGUAAACUGUAGUUUAUUAACCUACUAACACUGUUGGAUGGAAACCUUACGUCUGCACAUUUCUGCCACAUUCAUAGACACAGAUUAAAAUGGCUUCUUAUUUACUCCGAAACCAUGAAAGGAGUGUUUUUAAAGGUCCCAGAUCCUGACAGUUCAACCACUUUCCAGCCAACAGCAAUGCACUGAUCCUUUACUUUAGCCAAGACAAAUAUUUCAACACCUACAGUCAUGUGCUUCCAACAUCCUCUACAGUUCUUAUAUCUGUGACUAUUUACCUGCGCCCUGUAUUUCUGAUUUAUAUUAUCCACACUUAUUAACAUGAUAUUAGUUCAUUUAAUCCUGCCAAUUUAUGUAUACUAAUUUCCCAGUACCUCCAGUUUUGGUCUGAGUUUUUGUUGCCUGUGAUGUGACACCUUUGGUUAAACCAGCCUUGUUAAAUUCUCUGAAUGAGGGAUGAUAAUAUUGGUUAAGUCUCUUGAUGCAUUUUAUACAGGUACACAGCCAUGUGUACUAAUAAAGUUUGUUGUAUUGA